GUAGAAGACCUCACCUCUGACGAACGCCCAGUAAAGCGCGAGAGCUCAGUGAAGGUGUAUUGUGGAGAGUAACACUUCGACAGAGGCGUCAGCGAUAAUCUAUUUAAAAAAAAAAGAGAGAAAAAUUGAGAAGAAGAUCCUUAGAGAUUUUUUUGGCGAAUAAACAAAACCAGCAUUGCGCGAGAGCGAACACUACUGAGAAAUCAGAAAACGCGAUAAAGAAGAAACGACGUGUUGAGAAAAGGGAGACGGCAAGGACCGGUCCCGGAAAAGCAGAGGUCGACGAGGGGCGGAAAGAUAAGGAGUGCAAGUAAAGGACGAGGACGACGAAGAGUGGAAGGAUAGCAGCUGCGUAAGGCGCGAACGGCGGUGGUUGUAUUGAAAAGUAGCGGCGUGGUGUCAUGAGAGGCGGUCUCACGGUCCGCCCUUUUUAUCGGUCCCUCCAAGAGUCAUGCAUGUCGCGCCCCUCAAACGAGCUACCGUGGGACAUGAUCCGCAGACGAGCAAUGGCAGUCAGCCGCAGCUGCAACAGCAGCAGUUACAAUCUGGGGGUUGGCUGGGGGGCGGUGUCAGUGACACUGGCAGCGGACUGGUCUGCCGAUCAUCGUCAAACAAAUCGAUCAAUGGCAGUAGCAAGCCGUCGUUAUGUCAUCAUCCUCAACAACAGCAACAGCAACAACAGCAAGGCCAAUCUGGGGGUAUGGGGGAUGACGAAGACGGGGGUGGAGGGUGCGGAGGGCUGGAGGGGACGGACGCAGAGGCGAACGACGCUGUUCACCUCAAGAGACGGGUGGGACUCGUCAGUGGGGUGGCUCUAAUCGUCGGCACGAUGAUCGGCUCCGGUAUCUUCGUGUCGCCGUCGGGUCUGCUGCUGCGUACCGGCAGCGUCGGCAUCAGUUUCGUCGUGUGGACCGCAUGCGGCCUGCUGAGUCUGUGCGGCGCUCUCGCCUAUGCCGAGCUGGGCACCAUGAACACGAGCAGCGGUGCCGAGUACGCGUAUUUCAUGGACGCAUUCGGCGCGCCGCCUGCCUUCCUCUUCUCCUGGGUGUCCACCCUGGUGCUCAAGCCAUCGCAAAUGGCGAUUAUCUGCCUGUCGUUCGCCCAGUACACCGUCGAAGCGUUUACCGUCGAUUGCGAACCACCUGAUCAAGUGGUCAAAGUCGUCGCCCUGCUGGCGAUCGUCUUAAUACUUUUGAUCAACUGUUACAGCGUCAAUUUGGCCACUGGCGUACAGAACGCCUUCACUGCUGCCAAGCUGAUGGCAAUACUUGUGGUAAUUGUCGGCGGUUCGUACAAAUUGAUACAGGGUAACACGCAGCAUCUACAAACGGCGUUCGACACUAUUGAUGGCAGUACUAUCAACUUCGGUCGCCUCGCCACCGCUUUCUAUACCGGCCUCUGGGCUUACGACGGCUGGAACAAUCUCAACUACGUGACUGAAGAGAUCAAGAAUCCUUCCAAGAAUCUGCCUAGGUCCAUUAUGAUCGGCAUACCGCUCGUCACGCUUUGUUACGCGCUGAUCAACAUAUCUUAUCUGGCAGUCAUGUCACCAUCGGAAAUGAUCGAGAGCGAGGCUGUGGCAGUAACAUUCGGCAAUCGGAUACUGGGUGUGAUGGCAUGGUUGAUGCCGCUUUCUGUAGCGAUUAGCACAUUCGGAUCCGCUAACGGCACUCUAUUUGCUGCGGGCAGACUCUGCUUUGCUGCGUCGCGAGAGGGUCAUCUGCUCGAUUGCUUGAGCUACGUGCACGUACGACGCUUCACUCCUGCUCCAGGCCUCAUCUUCCAUUCCCUCGUAGCAGGCGCGAUGGUUCUCUCUGGCAAUAUCGACUCGUUGAUUGAUUUCUUCUCAUUCACUGCAUGGAUAUUCUACGGCGGCGCGAUGCUCGCUCUGCUGGUGAUGCGAAGGACCAGACCAAACCAUCCGCGACCAUACAAAUGCCCGCUAGUGAUACCUGUGCUUGUGCUCAUCAUCUCUGCAUAUCUCAUAGUGGCGCCAAUUAUCGAUAAACCGCAGAUCGAGUACCUGUAUGCGGCCGGCUUCAUCAGCGCAGGCAUGCUCGUCUACCUCCCGUUCAUAAAAUUUGGAUAUGUGCCCAAAUUCAUGGAAGGUGUCAAUGCUUUUCUGCAAAUGUUACUAGAAGUGGCCCCAACAGCAGUUGCCUUUGACUGAUUUCGAGAGAUACAAUUCUUCAGAUCAACGUACAGUUCUCCAGGAUGCCGAAUCAUUCCAUUAUGGCAUUGCACGAACUGUUUACAUCUGAAUAAUCCUAUUUUAAAUACAUACAGACAAGAGCGUUAUAUAUCCUAUACCUUACAAAGCUCAAGGCUGGCCCCCAAAAACAAAAAAAAAAACGAAUUCAUAAAAAAUAUAUAUAUAUUAUAUAAAAAUAUAUUAUUUUACUACUUGUUAUUCUUCGUACAUAGUAUACAACACACAGAAAAGAUGUUAUUGUUAGACAAUAGAUAGUUAAUGUUGUAACAAGACAGCAAUUGAAUCAACAGAAAAUAUUUUAAAUGUUUACAGUUACAAA